UGUGUGUGCUAGCCCUGACUCCCGGGCGCCUCGCUUGGGUCCUCGGCUCUCCUUUUCCCCUCCUGCCUCCCUCCCCGGCGCUGCCAGCCCAAACCGCAACCACCUGUGCCCGCGAGAAAUCCAACUCCUCCCGCUCCGCGCCCCGGGGGGGAGGCAGGGGCAGGGCCACGCCGCAGAGGGGGCCGCCGCGGCCUCCUGCCUCCUCCUGGUCUCCUCCCCCUCCCCCGUCUGACGCUGCCUCCUCUGGAAGGGUGUUUGGAGGGCAGCGGCCGCCCCAAGCCGAAGCCCCGCAGCGCUUCUUAUGAUCAGCUCGGUGUGUGUCUCCUCCUACCGCGGGCGCAAGUCGGGGAACAAGCCUCCGUCCAAAACAUGUCUGAAGGAGGAGAUGGCCAAGGGCGAGGCGUCGGAGAAGAUCAUCAUCAACGUGGGCGGCACGCGACAUGAGACCUACCGCAGCACCCUGCGCACCCUACCGGGCACCCGCCUCGCCUGGCUGGCCGAUCCCGACGGCGGAGGCCGGCCCGCGUCCGAUGGCGGUGGUGCAGGCAGCAGCGGCGGCGGUGGCUGCGAGUUCUUCUUCGACCGGCACCCGGGCGUCUUUGCUUACGUGCUCAACUACUACCGCACGGGCAAGCUGCACUGCCCCGCCGACGUGUGCGGGCCUCUGUUUGAGGAGGAGCUCACCUUCUGGGGCAUCGACGAGACCGACGUGGAGCCCUGCUGCUGGAUGACCUACCGGCAGCACCGCGACGCCGAGGAGGCGCUCGACAUCUUCGAGAGCCCAGACGGAGGCGGCGGGGGCGCGGGGCCCGGCGACGAGGCUGGCGACGAUGAGCGGGAGCUGGCCCUGCAGCGCCUGGGGCCCCACGAGGGAGGUGCCGGCCCCGGCGCCGGGUCCGGGGGCUGCCGCGGCUGGCAGCCCCGCAUGUGGGCGCUCUUCGAGGAUCCCUACUCCUCCCGGGCGGCCAGGGUGGUGGCCUUUGCCUCUCUCUUCUUCAUCCUGGUGUCCAUCACCACCUUCUGCCUGGAGACGCACGAGGCCUUCAACAUCGACCGCAACGUGACGGAGAUCCACAGAGUGGGGAAUACUACCAGUGUGCGCUUCCGGCGGGAGGUGGAAACGGAGCCCAUCCUGACUUACAUCGAGGGAGUGUGCGUCCUGUGGUUCACGCUGGAGUUCCUGGUGCGCAUCGUGUGCUGCCCCGACACGCUGGACUUCGUUAAGAACCUGCUCAACAUCAUCGACUUCGUGGCCAUCCUGCCCUUCUACCUGGAGGUGGGGCUGAGCGGCCUGUCGUCCAAGGCGGCUCGCGACGUUCUGGGCUUCCUGCGCGUCGUGCGCUUCGUGCGCAUCCUGCGCAUCUUCAAGCUUACGCGCCACUUCGUGGGGCUGCGCGUGCUGGGCCACACCCUGCGCGCCAGCACCAACGAGUUCCUGCUGCUCAUCAUCUUCCUGGCCCUGGGCGUGCUUAUCUUCGCCACCAUGAUCUACUACGCGGAGCGCAUCGGCGCCAGGCCUUCCGACCCGCGGGGCAAUGAUCACACCGACUUCAAGAACAUCCCCAUCGGCUUCUGGUGGGCCGUGGUCACCAUGACGACGCUGGGCUACGGGGACAUGUACCCCAAGACGUGGUCAGGCAUGCUGGUGGGGGCGCUGUGUGCACUGGCCGGCGUGCUCACCAUUGCCAUGCCCGUGCCUGUCAUUGUCAACAACUUCGGCAUGUACUACUCUCUGGCCAUGGCCAAGCAGAAGCUGCCCAAGAAACGGAAGAAGCACGUGCCUCGGCCGCCCCAGCUGGAGUCGCCCAUUUACUGCAAGUCGCAGGAGACCUCGCCCAGGGACAGUACCUACAGUGAUGCCAGCCCCCCUGCCCCAGAAGAGGGUGUGGUUGAGAGGAAACGGGCAGACUCCAAGCAGAACGGCGAUGCCAGCGCGGUGCUGUCAGACGAGGAGGGAGCCGGCCUCACCCAGCCCCUGGCCUCCGCCCGCACUCCAGAGGAGCGCCGGGCCCUGCGACGCUCCGGCACCCGAGACAGAAACAAGAAGGCAGCUGCCUGCUUCCUGCUCAGCGCUGGGGACUUUGCCUGUGCCGAUGGUAGUGUCCGGAAAGGGGGCAUCUCCUCUUCCCUGAAAUUGCACCAGUUCUAUGUCGGCCAAGGCCCUGGGGAUGCCGAAGUCGGUGUGAUGACUGGAUGGAUGGCUGAUGAACUGAGGCCGACAAGGGGCUGGGAGCACAACUGGGACCCCUUAGGGCUGGGGAGCGAAUGGUCCUGGGCCUAGAUAGGAUGGGGGGGGGUGAGUGAUGCUCAGACGACAUCCCUCGCUGUUGUCCCUGUCACACUCACACAGGGGAAUGAGCGGGGCUGGCUUCAGGGCCGUGCCACCUGUGCCGUCACUCAGAAGGGCCCACAGCCGACUUAACGCUCAGCUGUUGCCGUCUUGAAGUUACUGAUAAUUAUUGAAGAAGGGCCCUGUGUCUUCAUUUUGCACUGGGCUCCGCGGAUUAUGUAGCCAGGCCUGGGCACAUGUGUGCUCUCUUUACUCUUUAUCCCAGGUGUAAACUUAGCGUCAAAGGAGCCUCAGUUCAGGGUCUUGAUCUGCCACUUCCUAGCUGGGUGACUUGGGGCAACUUGCCAAACCUCAGUUUCCCUGCCUGUAGGAUGGGGCUAAUGAUAGCCCCUGUCUCAGAGCCAGUGAGUGUAAAGGCCUGGCCCAGUGUCAUCUGUCUGCAUGUGGCAUGCAGUAGGUGCACGGCAAGUGUUAGCUCCCUCCUCACCCAUUUCCUGUUGCUCUCAGCUUUUCUCCCCAGAUUUCUGAGAUUGCCUGGUCCGGUCACACCAGGAAAGGACAGGAGCACGCCAGGGAGCAGGGGGUGAGGACGGCAGGGCUGAGGGGAGGGGAGAAGUAAGGGGAAGCCUGUCCCUGAAGCAAAGAGAAAAUCGCGCCUGGAGCCUGGGCCAGCAGAGGCAAGGCGAUGGCAGGCAGCCAGUUGUCAAUUAAAGAUAAAAUCUGCCCUCCAGCCACGGAGGGCAAGUAGAGGCUGCGGCUACCCCAGACAGGAGAAAGCCAUUUGCAGCCAGGCUCGCCUCAGAGAAGCUUGACCUGGCAAUAAGGGGAUGGGAUGCACUGCUGACUCCAUAAUGAUAUUACGCAUCAGGGCCCAUGUCCAAAAUGGUGUUUGGGUAUUUUGGGGUUUUUUUCUUUUUCUUUUUUUUUUUUGUUGUUGUUGAUCAGUGUGGAACCGUUUCAUGGUCAGGGGCUGAGAACCCAGCAGGCAGCCCAAGGGUACCCAGUGCCAGGGGGGCUUGAGGGGACCCAAGGAGAUGCAGUUGGGGUCCCCGGUGACACCCUCAGACCCCUGGAGGGGGAAGGGGAGGGGGCAGUGUGCAGGAGGGCAGAGUUCAGUGAGAGAAGCAGGGGACCGCCCCUCCUCCCCACCUCACAGAAACAGCAGACAAUGCUGUCAAGGAAGCAAAGGCUCUGGCUCCCUCUGGUCCCCGAAGCUGGAGUGGGACCCAAACUAGGGAGCUGGUUAAAAGAGCAGGAUGCUAUAGUGAUGGAGACUGACUCUGGGAGUCUGACUCAUGGCUCCUUCACUUCCUGUUUAUGUGACUUUGGGUAAGUUAAUUAAUCUGUGUGAAACUCUAUUUCCUCAUCUGUAAAAUGGGAGCAAUAAUGGUAUCUACCUCAUGCAGCUAUUGGGAGAGUUCAGUGAGGCAGGGCCUGUGACACCCUCAGCACAGCGCCUAGCACAAAACAUUGUUUACAAAUAUUUGGCUGGGGGAGCAACUCUCUCCAGUGACAAAUGACCGGUUUGGUUUGAUGGCCUCACGUUUCAGCUAGGUGCCAUGAAUUCGCCUCGUUUCGGUGAGCCCCUUAUCUCCCUGUGAAGGAAUAAGAGUCGGGGUGGUAAUACCAAACAGCUAACCUUUACUAAGUGCCAGGCAAUACACCUAAUGCUCCUAAACACCCAUUCUGAGCUUGGUGUUAUCAUCAUCCUUGUUUCAGAGGAGAAAACUGUAGCACAGCAAUGUUAGGUCAUCUCUCCAAGGUCACACAGCCAAUAAGCGGUAAAGCUGGGAUUUGAACCCAAGCCAUCUGGCUCUGUGAGCCCUACACUUAGCUGCUGUCUAAAUGGAAUGAGGCUUCUUGGUCAUCAUACCUAAAGUAUAGAUUUGUGCUUUUUAAUGUUUUUAAUUUCCUUAACCUCUAUUGAUUCUCAUAGCAAAGGUAUUGUUUUCCCCUUUUAUAGGUAAGAAAAUCAAGGCUUGAGGAAGUAAGUGAUUUGAUCAUGCCGCCACACGCACACAGAAAAGGGAGAAGGGUGUCUUCUCAGCCUCAUUAAUUAAUUAGCAUAAGGUAACACUCAACUGAAGGAGUGAUUGGUUCCUUCCUUCUGCAACUCACUGAGUUUUAUUUUCUGAUGCUCAGAAGGGAGGUACUUGGAUGGGGACUGGUCUGGAAACCAAGUUACGUGAGGAGCAGCUCAACCUGGAAAUGGCUUAUUGGAAAUUUGUUGGGGGUCAAGUUCACGUAUUUGAAGGGUAUCAGAGGGGAAGUAGGUUUAGAUUAUUCUCUGAUCCCAGAGAGCAGACCUAGAACCAGUAGGUGGAAAUGUUAGGAAGGCAGAUUGGCUUCAAAUCAAGAAAAACCUGACUUUGUUGUUUUCCUUGCCAUUACAAAUUUAACACGUGGCACUGAAAGCGUCCCAAACCAAAUCAACUGGGAAGCCUCGUCACCCCCCUCAAUCCCACUGGAGGUGACACUGUUAACCUCUGGUGUUGGGUCCUUCCAGGCCUCUUGGAAAAGAGAGGCUUCCUAGCAAAACUCCUGAAGGAAUGGGCUGUCCUGGAGUGGAGUUCCCAUCCUGGAAGUUUAGAGAGACCCCGAACGAUCGUGUGCCGGGGGUUCGUGGCAGGAAUUUCUGCUCAGCCUGGAAGGUGGAAUUAGAAGGCCCCUUCCAGUCCUAACAUGGUCUGACUUACAUGGGGCCACGCAACUGUUAAUGGUGGGGACAGGUCCAGAACCCAGGUCUUCUGAACAGGACUCAGAUAAGCUCCUUUCCCAGCAUGAUUUUCCUCAAAGUCCUUAACUCUAGGGUAGAAGACUCCCUGUCUGCCUCUUCCCUGCCCCCCUGCACAGGCUGGAGCAGAGACCGGCAUCUGUGGUGCAUCCGGUCCAGAGUGACUCGGUGUUGAUGACAUGCACCCAGCGCCCACCCCUAGAGCCCCCCGGGUCCCCGACAGCAUCACCACAGUGAGCACCCGCCUUCAUCUCCCAGCUGCAGGCCCCUGAGCAUGCCCACCCUGGCACCCACACAACAGGGGGCACACGAGCGGGCUCAGUCGUUCCAGAGGCCGGCGAGGGCUGCCAGGGCUUCUGGGACCUGCUCUCUCCUGGGAGACCACAGUUGGCUUUGAACACAGCAUCAUGGGCUGAGAGGGAGCCAGGAGGACAGCUGGGGCUCCAGGUCAGAGGGGCCUUCUGCUGUUGGUGCUGGAAGCCUCUCCUUUCCCCAUAGCGCUGGCGGGCCCCCGCCCGCCAUACUUGCCUACUUCUAGGGCUAUUCCAUAAAAGUCUCCUGGAACUGCAGGGCUGUGCUUUUUGCUGACUUAGGGUCUCUGCUUCUUAAAUCAGCAAUACCUGGUGUGGAGAGAGGGGGUGGCUCCUCUCCCUGAGGCUGAGCCAGAAACUGAGGUGUCGUCAUUAAUCCCGCCCUGUCAUUCCUUAAUUCAGCUCACUCGCCGUGCAUUACAUCUGUAUUAAAUGCCUAUACUCUGUCCUGGGGAACCAAUAGUGAACAAGACCAAUGGAAUCCCUGCCCUCAUGAAGCUUACAUUCUAAUAGGGGAGGUAGGCCAAAAGACCAGUAGAUUAAAAUAUCUAACAAUACCCCGCCCCCAUUCCAAGCCAUUAGCGAGUUCUAUCAUUCCAAGCUCUGAAAUGUGUUUCACACGUUCUCCAUCUCCCACUCUCUCCCCUCCAACUCUGAAGGUGGGCUUCAUCUCCUCUUUCCUGGUCUCCCUGGGUCCCACUGACAUCUACCACCCAGCCUCCACCCAGCAGACAGAGAGCGCUUCCUAAAACAGAAACCAGAUCGUGCUACCCCUGCCUAAUACCGUCAGUGGCUGGAUUCCCACUGUAUUUCGAAUAAAAUCCAAACUUCUUCAAAGAAAGGCGAGCCCUCAAGGCCCUGCUGUUCAUCAGGCCUCUUCCUGCCUCAGCAAAUCAUUCCUGCCCCUCCCUCUGCCCCCCGGGAAACUUUCUCACACAUACCAGCCUCUUCCCACUUUAGUAGUUUACACACGCUGUUCCCUCAUGUGGACCACUGUGCCCCACCUCUCCCCACCCCUUUGAUUGGCUGAGUUCUCACUCUCUGGGUCCGGCUUUAAGUGUCUCUUCCCUGGUGAUUCCCCCCCCCCCGCCCCCUGCCCCCUGCCACUACCUCUGUGUUGUUUUCUGUCACUGCAGCUGCUCAUUUUUUUUUCAUGGUACUUUCUUCCUCGUAACUGUAUUUGUCUAUUGCCUGCCUUCCUGUCAGUACCUGGGGCCUAGCACCGUGUGAAAUAAAUGUUUUAUGAAUGAACGAAGGGGCAGAGGUGGGCCUGGCAUGAGUAAGUGCUCAGCUGUGUCCUCCCUUAUCCCUCCCAAAUGUCUCCGGCUGGCGCCUCACUUCUAGGGCGUUCCUGGGAGUCCUUGGGGAAUAACGUGAAAGCGCUGCUCUUUACAUUAUGCAUUUCCUGCCUGAGAAACUGUUAGAAUAAUGAGGAGGGCUGGAAGAGAGGGACUGAGAGGAGAGUUCCCAUAGCUCUUCCUUUCAGAACUUAACCAUCUCUUCCUGGUGUUUGGGAUGCUUGUCGAAUUCCCCUCCCCUGACUGUGAGCUACCCCAGGGAGCUGAUUCAUCCCGGCGCCCCCUCAGGGCUUAGCCCAGCGCUCCCUGCAUAGUAAGUGCUCAGGGAAAUGUUUAAGUGAGUGGAUGGAAAAGGAAGAAGAGUGAGGAAGAAGAGAAGGCAAGGGGAGCAAGAGGCAGGAAGGGGUGAUGAAGAGAGGAAAGACCGAUGGAGGGAGGGAGGUUGGGAUGGAGGGAAAGAAGGAAAACCUUGAGGCAGGGGUUGCUGGCCCAGCUUGGCCUUCGUGCCAGUGCCCCCCUCACCUCCCAUGGGCUCCUUCCUGAACUCUGAGCCUCCGGAUCCCGCUCAGGCCUCCUGGAGGUGACCAGCCCCGAGGGGACCUCUGCAGGGACCAGAGGCUGGGAUGCCUCAACCUGUGGCACGACUCCGUUCCUAAUGUCCCCAGAGAUUCCCCCUUAAAUCUCCCCCCAAUCCCUCAUCUUUAGACCCCAGGUCCAAGGACAGUUACUUCCAAUACAGUAUCAGUGAUCAAAAGUUCAGAGCAAACAAAGGGAAACAAACAAAACCAGACUUUCCUCCAUGCCUUCAGCCCUCGGCCCCAGAAGGGUUCAGAGACGAGGUGGCCUGCCUCUCCCUCAUGGCCCAGGCCGGGCCAGCUGCCCCUCGGGAGGACCUGGGCAAGCCCAGGAGGCAGGGAGACCCAGAGGACCUGUUCCCACACUAGCUGUUGCCAUGGUGGCCCUCCCAGGGGUGGUGGUUCCCAAGGUGCUAUGGAGAGCAGAGUUGUGCCACUGCCACCACCAGCACGGUGUAGAAGCUGCCUGGGAUGCUUAACCCUUCCUAGGCUGCUGGCUGGUUGGCCUGGGGGCCAGCCUGUGCCGUCCUCUCAGUCCACCAGGCAGACACAGGACCAAGGAACAGGAUGGAACCAGCGUCCUUCCCAAUGCUCCACCUGCAUCCGGCCUCAUGCCUUGGGACCGCCUUCUCCCCUGAAGGGACAAUGCCGUACUCCUGGCAGGUCAAUUAGGGACCUUCUUUCUCUCAGGACCCCGCUGGAGGUAGCGAUCAUUUGCCAGGGAGUCUGGGGGUGGGAUUGUGAGAGUAGGGGGCAAGUAAGAAGGCUCCAGAGGGUACCACUCUCCCUCUGGGUCUCAGUGUGCUGGACUGUGACUGUUAAUCUAGUACUCUCUCCAUCUCUCUUCCCGGGUUCUUCUCCACCCUUGUCAAGGGUUCUUACUACUGUUUCCCCUUUAAUGACACACGCAUACUUCCAGGGUCCUUCUGUUCUCUUCACUCUCUCUUUGUGUUCUAAUCUGUGCAUAGGUAAGUAUCUUGUAUCAGUCAUCCACACUCUAGUGUAAAUUAGAGUCCAUGUAUACUUUAUUUCUCAGGAUAUAGGAUUACUAGACCUCAUCUCAACUUAUGGAAUGAGAGCCUUGUUCUCUGUUAUAGGAAACCCUAGCACCAGAGAGCUCCAAACAGGGUAGAUGAUUUUUUUGUUCAGAGGAGAAAGAAAGCAGGAGCUUCUUGUGUGAGGUAAAUUAGAGGCCAGGGCUCUAUAAGGAAUUCUGCUUUGGCUCUGAUUAACAAAAAAGAAAAUGGAACACAAAAGGGAAAUCUGAAGUGAUAAGCAAUAGGAGUUGCUUCUCGACAGAAGAUCCUCUCUCUCUUUUCUGCCCCCUUCCACAUUCCAGUAUUGAGUCCUCUUCCUGGAAAACUCUUAUUCAUCCCUCAAGGUCCACACAGCUGUCACCUCCUCUGAGAGCCCUUCUUGGAUUCUUCCUUUAUGCUCUCACUGCUCCUUGUUUGCCCCUCCAUUAGAGUACUUAUCACAGUAUAGCUUGUUGCUUGUUUACUCAGUUAUGCAUGCUUCACCUUUUUAACACUUUUAUCUCCAGCCCCUGCUCAGGGCUUAGGAGCUCAAUGUUGAAGGAAGGAAGGAAGGGAGGGAGGAUGGGAGGAAGGGGUAGAAAGCAAAUGAAUUAGCUGCUCACCGCUGACUCUUGUCUUUCACACCUGUCAUUGUAGCCCAUGUCUGGUUUCAGAAUUUGUCCAGAACAAUUCCCUGGAAUGUUGGGCUCCUUGGUUGUGCCAGCCAAGUCUCCCCACCUCCUCCCCUGCCACCAGGGGUCCCAUCCACUCCUUUCAGCUUCCCUGGCUGUGACCAGCUGGGUUUUUCCUUCCUGACAUUAAUGGCUUAGAUUGGCAGUGGAGUCCACUUGGAAGGGCCAGGGGCUCAUGUCCUGGUUUCUUCUCCAUCUUUCUUCUUCUCAGCCUUCAUCAGGGUGUUCUCUUAUGAGCCUCAUGCCCUCCCCAAUUCUCUGAGUGCCAGUCUGGUUGCUCAGGUGUGCACUCUUGGGCACAAGUCCUGCCACAUAAGAAGCCAUAUAGAGAGAGGCUGGUAGGAGUUGUUUCCGUAGGGGGCCCAGUCAUGUCCCAUGAUAUUGCUGGGCUUCAAGCUCACAUCUGUGACAUGGGAAUUAAACCACCCCUGCCCUUAUCCAAGGGAGUUAUAAAGAUUAAACGAGAAAGUCGGUGGAUGGGGCCUCUGGAUCCUCUAAAGCACUGCCUGAAAUGAAAGUUAUCGUUCCGCCAACCUUCUCUCAGAGGCUGGGGUAUUCCUCGAGAAUCAAAGCGUUGGUGCCUCUGGAAGUAGCGAUAGCUAACACCCAGUGCUUAUGCGGGCCAAGCACUGCUCUAAGCCCUAUAUGCGGAUUAAUCCUCGGAACAAACCCAGGAGGAAAGGGCUCUUUUAAACACUCCCAUUUAUGGAUGAAGAAAUCAAGGCACAGAGGUCCCACAGGUAGUGGAGUUCACAGCCUGAGUUUGACCUGAACUCAUUCAGCCUGGCCCCGGCCCCAUGCUCCUGACCACUGGCUCUAUGGCCUCACACAGUCACAGGUAGGAGCUGGCCCCUCAGCACCAGGACCACCACUGCCAUCGAUUUACUACCCACACUCAGAAUGCUGAUUCUGGCGGCCAGUGGCCUUGCCACUUAUGAGCUGUGCAACCUUGGGCAAAUGACAACCUCUCUGAGCGUGGUCUCUCAUCCAGGGUAUGGGAAUAAUCCUACAUCUCCUGUAAAUGUUACCAGGAGGAAUCACUGGAGGAUGAAUGCGUGAAAGAGCUAGCCCGACUCAGGCAGGUGAAUGGUACUCAACGAGUGUCCUUCCCCAUUUACAUGUAGGGAAA